GGGGUGGGUGGGGGCUCGCCCGCUGAGCCCAGCAUCAAGGUGGGGCACGGCCCAGGUUUGGGGUACUGGGCAAGGGCUCAGGCUGGGACCCCAAGGGGCCAGAGUGGCUACAAGCAUGGGGGGCUCUGUCCUGCCAAGAGCCCAGGGGGCCGGGGGCUGGGACAGAGGAAGCCCUGGUCCCUGCUUCCGACCCGCCCUGUCCCAGCCAGAACCCCUGCAGGGGGCCUUUGCCCUGGGCGGGCGGGCAGCCAGUGGCAUGAUGAGGAAGCAGAUAUGCGGCACCAGGGACCAUAAACCUGGUUUCAGUCAGGUAUCGAGAAGGUGCAGGGCAGGGCGGGGCAGCCCAGGGGACUUCCUGUAGGAGGCAGGAGGGCUCCUGUGGGAACCUGCUGCUGUCAUUGCUGUGUCACCUGGGCCAGCAGCUUCCCCUCUCUGGGCCUCAGUUUCUUCUGCUGUAAACGAGCCCUGAGGCCUUGAACCCGAGGCACAGGUGUGAGCCCCACCCACCCGGCUGGUGACUCACACCAGAGGAAUGAGCAGGGCGGAAGUGAUGCCCCCACCCGUGCCCUGCCCCACCAGGAACCACCUCCGCUCGCUCACCAGACGCUCCUGCUGUCACCUGCCCUCCUCAGGGAGCCCCCAGGUGCGGGGUCAGGACUGACACCUGCCCAGCCCUUCGGGGUCUGCGCAGGGCCACCAAGGAGAGGGCUGGUGGAGCUGUGUGUUCACUGCCCCGUGGGAUGGAGGCUCAGCUGGGCCUUAAACACGGUCCGUGUGGAGGCAGCGGAUCCAAGUAACAGCUCCGGCAGAGGCAGGAGCAACCGGGCUGUUUUGGAAGCUCCAAAGUCCCUGUGCCCUUGGGGAAGGUUCCUGUCCUCAAGGGUGCUUAGAGCGCCCAGAGGCCUCCACAACCUGAGGAGAUGGACCGAGUGACCAGACACCCCAUCCUGGCCACGCCCGGCUCCCCUCGAGUCACCGGCCUGGUGCUGGACGGGGACACCCGCUACACGUUCCGGCUGGUGGGCGUGGGGCCCGAGGCCGGGGGCUGGGGCCAGGAAGAGCCGCAGGCGUGGCCCGCAGCCGGGGAGGCCUGGCCGGACGUGGCGCGGACAGGGGCGUCCUGGGGCGUGCACAGCUACGCCGCGGAGCCGGAGGACGAGGAGGACUUGGAGGUGCAGGGGUACCACCGGGGCGCCAGGGACACCCUCUCCGGGAGGCCGUGGGACCUGGAGCGGGAGCGCUGGGCCGUCAUCCAGGGCCAGGCAGUCAGGAGGAGUGGCACGGUGGCCACGCUCCGGGGCACCCCUGACCGGGGAGACCCCGGGGCCCCGGGCCCGCUGCGGCCGCCACACCCGGAGGAGGACGCCGUGGACAGGGAGCAGAUCGACUUCCUGGCCGCGAGGCAGCAGUUCCUGAGCCUGGAGCAGGCCAGCACCGAGGGCGCCCGAAAGCCGCCGGCCAGGAUGCCCGCCACACCUGCCCCGCCGGGCACCGGCCAGGCCCCCAAGGCCGCCAACGGGCCCCACCUGGCCAACGGGUCUGCAGUCCCGCUCACGCCGCAGGUGAAGGCGGCGGUCGGGGCAGAGAAGCGUCCGCGAGGUUCGCCCGCCGGCGCCCAGGCCGGGGGCGACCGGGCGGACUCCCCGGAGGCGCCCAAGGAGACGCCCAUCGAGCGGGAGAUCCGCCUGGCCCAGGAGCGCGAGGCGGACCUGCGCGCGCAGAGGGGGCUGCGGCGGCCGGCCGGGCCCCCGGAGCUGGUGGAGAUCCGCGCGCGCCCGCUGCUGACCGGGGUGAGCCUGGCCGCCGCCCCGCGCCGCGACCGGGGGCGCCCGUCUCUCUACGUGCAGCGGGACAUGGCGCAAGGCACCCAGCGCGAGGAGGACCACCGGCGGGAGGGCCUGCAGGUGGGCCGGCCGGCCGCGUCCGACUGGGCGCCCGAGGACCCGCCGCCUGGGCUCCGGAGGGCCCUCAGCUCGGACGCCAUCCUCGGCCCGGGCCCGGACGCCCGGGCGGCCGACGCUGUCCCGGCGGUGCGGAAGGUGAACCGCAUCCCGCCCGACGCCUACCAGCCGUACCUCCACCCCGGGAGCCCCGGGCCCGAGCGCUCUGCCCUGGGAGGCGCGCCCGGCAAGCCCGGCGACCUCUCCGCGGAGGCGGCCACGGCUGUGUCCUCUCCCAAGGCCGUGGGGUCCCGGAGGCAUUUCUCGGAAUCCUCUGGAAAGCCGCUGAGCGCACAGCAGGAGCGCCCGAAGCGCCCCCGGGGGCCCGCGGCCGCCGACGGCGGGGUGGUGCGGUGGCAGUACUUCCGCCUGCGGCCCCUGCGGUUCCGCGCCCCCGACGCGCCCCCGCAGGCCGAGCACGCCCGCGGCCGGGGCCGGGAGGGGCCCGCGGGCCCAGCGUGGAGGCUGCAGAGGUCCCCGUCGUCCGACCUGCUGGAGAGGGAGGUGGAGAGCGUGCUGCGCCGGGAGCGCGAGGUGGCGGAGGAGAGGAGGAGCGCGCUCUUCCCCGAGGUCUUCUCGCCCACGCCCAGGGAGGGCUGCGACCUCGGCCUCGGCUCCAGGAGCUCCUCCCAGGCGUCCGGCAUCAUGGGCAGCUACUCAGUGUCCGAGUCACCCUUCUCCAGCCCCGUCCACCCGCACUCGGGUGUGGCUUGGGCCAACGAAGAUGCGGCGGACAGCGCUGCCGGGCGGAGAACUAAGAAGGAGCAGUGGUACGCCGGCAUCAACCCCUUGGAUGGCAUCAACUCGGAGAUCCUGGAAGCCACACGGGUGACCCGCCACAAGAACGCCAUGGCUGAACGCUGGGAAUCCCGCAUCUACGCUAGUGAGGACGAGGACUGAGCUCGGGGACAGGGAGCCCACCCUCCUGCCCUGACCCCUGUGGGAACUGCCAAGCCUGUCCCCCGAGCCCCCACUGUAACAGUCCCUGUUUCAAUCCACAAUCCGAGAACCACAAAUCUUGUGCCAACAAUCCCGUGGGAGAUUCGUUUGGGGCUGGAGGGUUUUCUUUUCCAUUUUUUAUUUUCCUGGAGAAACGUUUCUACUUUCGGGGUCUACAGCUAGGGAUGAAAUGGGCCUCCCGCCAAUCCUUUUUGCUUGUGAGACUUUGCCAAACGCUCUGGCGGGAAAUAAGGAGCUGCCAACUUCAGAAGUGGUUGGUUUCUGCCGGGAAGGCGGGAGGGCGGAGCGACCCUGGGGAGGGAGGUGGCGUACUGGGCCCCCAGGAGCUUUGGGUUGGAGGAAUCCGGAUCCGAGAGGAGACCCCGGGGCGUAAGCUCUGACAUCAGCAGGGUCCCCGGAGGAGGGUCCCCCUUUGCCUGCCAGAUAAAAGGCUCCAUUUGGGGGCCGAAGGGGGCUUUCUGCCACACCCCAAACUGUCCGUGUCCGCUGAGAAAUAAACCUGCCCGCCCGCCUGCUGCGAUGAAGCAGCGGAGCCUCCCUGUCUGCAUUUUCUGGGCGACCCCACCCCACUGCGCCACGAGCCCCGCGAUGGGGUGUUGGGGCCACGUGGGGCGUCCCCGGCGUCCGGCAUGCAGGAGGGGCUCAGUGCGUGCUUGUUGGGCGACUGAAUCGUGAGUGGCCGCCUCUGUUACGCCGGCCAUGGACCCAACCUCCCCUAACGGCUCGCUCACUUAGCCCUGGCUACCAUGUCGGUGGUGGUACUUGGAGCAUUUAUUAAGCACUUGCUGAGUCCCCAGCCCACAUGGCGGCAGGGGAGGCUGGAGGGGUGAUUAGUUGGGCUCCACAUGUAUACCAGGCUCACUCCCAGGGAGGCUGGGUCCUGCUGCUCAGGCUGUGGCCUUGGGGGAUGCCCUGACCGCCCUUGCCUCAGUUUCCCCUCCGCACACGGGGAUAAUGGUAGGCCCAGGCAGACGAGCUGGUUUAGGUGGGGCUGUCAGCACAAGGAC